AUGACUGAACACAAGCAUCUGACGCAGGAAUUAGGUUUCUCUGGCCUAAUUCAAGCCCCAGUUGUGGGUCUAUCGGGAGGCAUUGUCAUCAUGUGGAAUUAUGAUAUCUUGAAGAUUGAUGAGGUCUCCACCACCUCUCAGGGCAUCAAUUUCAUGAUUAAGGCUUAUGCUGGGAAUUAUAGUCUAGAGAGGGGGACUGCUCAAUUCCAAGCACAAGUUUCCACCUGGAACAAAAUUGUCUUUGGUAAUAUAUUCUAUAAGAAGAAACAUAUCCUGGCCAGGCUGGGUCGCAUCCAAAAAUUCAGAGCCUACCCAUUUAGCAGCUUCCUUCAGAAGUUAGAAGGUGACCUCUUAGAGGAAUACUCCUUAAUUCUGAAUAGUGAGGAUAUUUUCUGGAGGACUAAGUCUAGGAUUAGCUGGCUCAUGGAAGGGGAUGCCAACACUAAGUUCUUCCAUACCUCAACUCUUAAUAGAAGAAGAAGAAAUAAGAUUAAUGCACUUCAAGGUGAUGUUGGGAAUUGGAUAGAGAAUCGACAGGAGAUUAAGGAUACCAUCUACCAAUUCUACAACAAUAUCUAUACCACUGAUCAUCACUCCUUACCUACUCCCUGGCAGAGCUCAGCAUACAACACCAACAUCCUCUCCAGUAGGGACCAGGCUAGAUUGAAUGCCCCAUUAAGAAUUAGUGAGAUCAAGACUGCCAUGUUCUCUUUCAAGACAACAAAGGCACCUGGGCUUGAUGGACUCCGCCUUCUUUUUUAA